AGAAAGUGAAACCAACUGGAACAAUAUGGAUGCCUGCAACGAUCAACCUCUUUAAACAACAGAAUAUUUAUUGAGCCGUUCAAAGAUCCUUGUGGAUACAUCUGAUACUCACAGUCAUGUCAACCUCCUGUGGUCCACUGACUGAGGAGCUUCAGUGCUCUAUAUGUCUGGAUGUGUUCACUGAUCCAGUCAGCACUCCAUGUGGACACAACUUCUGCAAGACCUGUCUGAAUAAGUGCUGGGACAACAGCCAGACCUGCAACUGUCCAUACUGUAAAGAAACAUUCAAGCAAAGACCCGAUCUCAAGAUUAAUACCACACUCCGAGAGCUCACAGGUCACUAUAAAAAUAAAAAUCCAGAGGAAAAACCUGAAGUUCUGUGUGAUUUCUGUGAGGAAAGAAAGCUGCAAGCCCUGAAGUCGUGUCUGGUGUGUCAGAGCUCUUACUGUGAAACUCACCUGCAGCCUCAUUUGAGAGUGGCAGGUUUAAAGAAACACAAACUGAUGGAGCCUGUGAGUAAUCUGGAGGACUAUAUAUGUCAGAAACAUGAGAGACCUCUGGAGCUGUUCUGUAGAGAUGAUCAGACAUGUGUGUGUCUGAUGUGCACUGUGACAGACCACAAGAACCACAACACUGUUCCUCUAGAAGAAGUGAUUGAAAAGAAGAAGACUCAACUGAUGAAGACACAGAAAGACAUGCAGCAGAAGAUCCAGAACAGAUUAAAGAAAAUUCAAGACAUCAAACAGUCAGCAAAAGUCAGAAAAAGAUUUUAUACUGAAGUGCUGGAGAUGAUGGAGGAGCAGCAGAAAGCAGCAGAGAAACAGGAGCAAGAGCUCAUUAAAGAUCUGGAGCAGGAGAUCACUGAGCUAAAGAUGAGAAACACUGAGCUGGAGCAGCUCUCACACACUGAAGAUCACCUCCACCUCCUACAGAUUUAUUCAUCCCUGUGCAGCCCUACAAACACCAUCAACUUGCCUGAGAUCAGUAUGAAGACUCAUGAGAGUCUGAGGAGAGCUCUGAUUCAACUGCGGGAAACUCUAGAUGAGAAGCUUACACAAACUGAGCUGAAGUGGAUGCAGCAGUAUGCAGUGGAUGUGACUCUGGAUCCUGAUACAGCUUAUCCUAAACUCAUCCUGUCUGAUGAUGGAAAACAAGUGAGAUAUGGAGACAUAAGACAGAAUCUCUCAGACAACCCAGAGAGAUUUGAUAGAUAUACAAAUGUCCUAGGAGUAGAGGGAUUCUCCUCAGGGAGAUUUUAUUUUGAGGUGCAGGUGAAGGGAAAGUUUCAGUGGGAAUUAGGAGUGGCCAGAGGAUCCGUUACCAGGAAGGGAAAGAUCACACUGAAUCCCAGUAAUGGAUACUGGACUGUGUGGCUGAAGAAUGGGAAUGAAUAUGCGGCUCUCUCUGAUCCUCCUGUCUCUCUGUUUCUGAGAGUGAAGCCGCAGCGGGUCGGUGUGUUUGUGGAUUAUGAGGAGGGUCUGGUCUCUUUUUAUGAUGUGGAGUCCAGCUCUCAUAUCUACUCUUACACUGGACAAUCUUUCACUGACAAACUCUAUCCAUAUUUUAGCCCAGAUUCAAACGUUGGAGGUAAAAACUCAGCCCCACUGAUUAUCACACCUGUUAAUUAUAGUAAAUGAAUUUGCCAUUCUAUUGCCAACAUAUUAGGUGAAAUUUUGAAGAGAGAAAAAAAAGAAAGAAAAUGUGAAAACCUUAUGUUUAUUAUGGCAAGCCAUCUUAACAUUUAAACUAUAAACCAUACCAGUAUCUAUUUUAAUGCUACUAGUACUAAUUUUAGAUACUAUUAUCUUUUCCAUUAAGUACUAGUGCUUAUUCAUUAGCUACUAGUGCUAAUCCUUUAGGUACUAGUGAUUAUUCUUUAGGUAGAACCUUUUACAAUAAAAGAUACUAGAACUCAUUCAUUAGAUACUAGUACCUAUUAAAUAGACAUAGUAGUCAUUCAUAGAUACUGUACUUAUUUGUUAGAUACUAGUACAUAUUAAAUAGAUAUUAGUACUUAUUCAUUGGAUACUAGCACAUUUUUUCAAAAGCAACUAGCAAAUAUUCUAUUGUUACUAACAACAAAUGUGUACAUUUUUACCAUUGACUUCUAUGGAGAUCUGUCAUUUACAUAUCAACUAUUCAGUUUUUACUAUGUAUUCUAAUUGACUAGUACAUCAUUUUUAUGUACUAGUAGUUAUUCAUUAGGUACUUGUACUUCAUUUUUAGAUACUAGUACCUAUUAUUACAUACACUCUAAAAAACAAUGAGUUAAAAACAACCUAAUUUGGGUUGUUUCUAACCCAAGGGCUGGGUAAAUAUAGGACAGAACCCAUCUUGGGUUAAUUUUGCCCAGCAAAUUGGGUUUAUUCAUUUUUACUAUAUUACUAGCAUAUUUUUUACUUCAUACAUUAAAAUAAUGAUUACUUAAAUCCUCUAAACUUUUCUAAAACACUCCACACAACCACUGGUUUGCACGAUAACUUCAUUUUCCUUUAUUUAUUAUUUACAGCACUGUAUAUAUCGUUUUCAAUAGGCUAUACAUUUUGCCUAUAUUUAAACUCAUUUAACAAACAUUAGAAGUAAAAAUUAAACAUUAAACAAAAGUAAUUCACCUGUAGCCUAAUCGACCAGUCUCUGUUAUUCUGUUUCCACCGUAACAGCGCUGCGCCAUGCUGGUUCUCGUGCCCGAGCUGGAGUCGUGUUCGGCAGUAACUGCUAACGGUCCGCCGCCCUGCGUUUCACUCUAGCCGAAACAUGCUGUGACUCCAUAACCUGCCAAUAAAAAAAAAAAACAGUAAACAGCUCUGAGGAUAUGUUUUAACAUCCAAAGUAUUAUGUUCUGUAUCUUUAUGAGCAAAAUCGUUUAUUUUAUGCAAAGCAUCAGGCUUUUCCAUCACACGAAAAGACCGCGAGACUCGUUAAAGGUGAUUCACUCCGCGCACCUGUAUGUUGCUCUGCAUUAAAUUGAACGAUAUACAGCACAGUAACGAUUUUAUAGAUAAAAUAAAAUGUACACAAACCUGUAUUUGAUCAAAGAAUGCAUCUAUCCGAUGGUGCUUAGAACUGCUCUCCCGUGAAGAGAAGACACAAAAUCCCCACGAUAAAUAACUCAACCGCUGGGUUAUGUCUGACCCAGGAUCUGAGUAAUACAAAAACUACCCAAACAUUAGGUUGUUACAUUUGACCCAGGAGCUGGGUAACACAAAAACUACCCAAACACUGAAUAAAUAACCCUCAUUUGGGUUAAACCCAGCAUUUGGCUCAACCCAGCAUUUGGGUUAAAAAAAUAUUUUUUUUAAGAGUAAAUUUUUUAAGAGUGUACUAGUACUUAAUCAUUAGAUUCUAGUUCUUAUUAUUAGAUAGUACUUAUUCAUUAGGUACUCGUACCUAUUAAAUAGAUACUACUCGCUACAUACAGUACUUAUUGAUUAGCUACUAGCAUUUAAAAGAUUCUAAUACACAUUUAUUAAAUACUAGUACUUAUUUGAAAUGUUAAUAAGUACUUUAUGAAUAAGUAUAAGUCUCUUUAUGACAAGUCGUGUCACUCGGCGGCCAUCUUUGAAAUGCCUCUCGGGCAUCCAAGUGCAGCUCCUAUCUCUUUGAAUGGGGAAACAUUAAAUUCUCCAAAACUGUUCACUAAGCUUACAAUUAAAUUUCAUAUUUGAAAUCACCAAAGAAAUCUGAUGACAACAGUAUCAUAAAUGUUGUUUCUUUUGCUCAAAUAGCGUUAUAAAAAGCUUAUUUUUCAGGCUAGAUCAGCCAGUGCGCUUGCGCAGUUCUAAGCGCACGUCUCAAAACGCUGACUGUUUCUAUAGCAACCAGGACUUCUAACAGCAGCUUCAGUGACGAGUUGACUUUACCGAUUAGUGAUGGGCUCUUACAUUCAGAAGGCGGGGCUUCCUGCGAUUGAGCGGCCAUAUUGAGCAUUGCAUUUUUCCCCAUUCAAAACUAUACGAGUGACAUGUCUUGGGUAUUCUAUAGUCUUUGGUAUAAGUACUUAAUGGAAAAGAUACUAAUGUUUUUUUUUUUUUUUUUUAAGGACUAGUAUCAUGAAAAUAGACGCUAGUACGGUUUAUAUAUUAAAUGUUAAAUUGGCUUGCCAUGCUUUGGGUGCUUCUCAUUUCUUAUUUGUGCAUCCUCUUCCUCCUCACAUCUUAGCUCCACCCCCUUAGGAUUUGAGGAAAGGAGGCAGGGAAAGAAAAUAAGGCCGGAGGAAUUAAAGAAAAACUUAAUUGUAUAUUGGAAUAUUUUUUAUUAAAUGUUCUCUUUUUUGGACAACAGGUUUAUAAAUGCUUUUCAUUACAAGUUUUGAAGAUGUUUGAUGCACAUGCUUUUUCAAAUGCAAAUAAUGCUUGCAGACAUGAAGCAACAUUUACUGAUUAUAGAGCUGCUCUUUACCAGCAAAAAUUAAAAAUUGCAACCUGUGAUGCCCAAGUCAGAAAGGACAGGAGGAUCUAGAAGUAGAGGACUGAUCAUUUGGAGUUCGCUCUUGCCAGCUCUUUUCAGGCAAUCGAUUGCUAAGGGAUAAAACAACACAUUACUCGUAACAAUGUUAAAAUGUUGUACAACUCAAUAUUUAGACUCUAUCUAUCUAUCUAUCUAUCUAUCUAUCUAUCUAUCUAUCUAUCUAUCUAUCUAUCUAUCUAUCUAUCUAUCUAUCUAUCUAUCUAUCUAUCUAUCAUGUUAUUGUGAAUACAACUGAAAUAAAACUGAAAUAAAACAAUGA